UCGUCCGCGGGGGAGGGGGUGCGGGACGAGCGGAGUGCCCGGACGCGGUGUGUGCCUCGGCUAGGGCCCGGCCUGACGAAGCUCGGGUUGUGGUGAGUGCCUCCGGACCUCGCAGUUCCAGCCGCAGGACCUCUUCAUACUCGGAGGUUCUUUGCUCAGGCCGGCUGGCAGCUUCCGGAAAACACCUAGGGGCGGGGUUGUGUGGGCGGGGUUCCGUGUUUGACAUCUUUCUCUGCAGACUGAGCCUCUGGACCCCUCCCCUGUCCCCGACGCUGAGCUUACACCAUGCAUGGGCGCCUGAAGGUGAAGACCUCCGAAGAGCAGGCAGAAGCCAAAAGGCUAGAACGGGAACAGAAGCUGAAGCUCUACCAAUCAGCCACUCAAGCUGUCUUUCAGAAGCGGCAGGCUGGCGAGCUGGACGAGUCAGUGCUAGAACUGACAAGCCAGAUUCUGGGAGCCAACCCUGAUUUUGCCACCCUCUGGAACUGUCGCCGAGAAGUGCUCCAGCAGCUAGAAACCCAGAAGUCCCCUGAGGAGUUGGAUGCUCUUGUGAAGGCAGAGCUAGGUUUCCUAGAGAGCUGUCUACGUGUGAACCCUAAGUCCUAUGGCACCUGGCACCACCGUUCCUGGCUCCUAGGCCGCCUGCCUGAGCCCAACUGGGCCCGGGAGCUGGAACUGUGUGCUCGCUUCCUCGAAGUCGAUGAGCGGAACUUUCAUUGCUGGGACUACCGACGAUUUGUGGCUGCACAGGCUGCCGUAGCUCCUGCAGAGGAACUAGCCUUCACUGAUAGCCUCAUCACCCGGAACUUCUCCAACUAUUCCUCCUGGCAUUACCGCUCCUGCCUCUUGCCCCAGCUGCACCCCCAGCCAGACUCUGGCCCACAGGGACGCCUCCCUGAAAACGUACUGCUGAAAGAGCUGGAGUUGGUGCAGAAUGCCUUCUUUACUGACCCCAAUGAUCAGAGUGCCUGGUUCUAUCACCGCUGGCUCCUGGGUCGGGCGGAGCCCCAAGAUGUUCUUCGCUGCCUGCAUGUGAGCCGGGAUGAGGCCUGUCUGUCAGUCUGCUUUUCUCGUCCCCUAACAGUGGGCUCCAGGAUGGGGACCUUGCUGCUCAUGGUAGAUGAGGCACCUCUGAGCGUGGAAUGGAGGACUCCAGAUGGCAGGAACCGGCCCAGCCAUGUCUGGCUGUGUGACCUGCCCACCGCCUGUCUCAGUGACCAGCUGCCCCAGCACACAUUCCGUGUCAUCUGGACAGCAAGUGAUGCCCAGAAGGAGUGUGUGCUUUUCAAAGGCCACCAGGAGUGCUGGUGCCGAGACUCAGCCACUGAUGAGCAGCUGUUCAGGUGUGAGCUGUCAGUGGAGAAGUCCACAGUGCUACAGUCUGAGCUUGAAUCGUGUAAGGAGCUACAGGAACUGGAACCUGAGAAUAAAUGGUGCCUGCUGACCAUCAUCCUACUGAUGCGGGCACUGGAUCCCCUCCUCUAUGAGAAAGAGACACUGCAAUACUUCCAUACCCUCAAAGCUGUGGACCCAAUGCGAGCAGCCUACUUGGAUGAUCUGCGCAGCAAGUUCCUGCUGGAAAACAGUGUCCUCAGGAUGGAGUAUGCUGAGGUGCGUGUGCUGCACCUGGCUCACAAGGAUCUGACAGUGCUCUGCCAUCUGGAGCAACUGCUGUUGGUCACUCAUCUCGACCUGUCACAUAAUCGCCUCCGAGCCCUGCCCCCAGCUCUGGGUGCUUUGCGCUGUCUUGAGGUGCUGCAGGCCAGUGAUAAUGCCCUCGAGUCCUUGGAUGGCGUGGCCAACCUUCCCCGGCUACAGGAGCUGUUACUAUGCAAUAACCGCCUCCAUCAGUCCGCAGUACUGCAGCCUCUUGCCUCUUGCCCCAAGCUAGUCCUCCUCAACCUGCAGGGCAAUUCACUGUGCCAAGAAGGGGGCAUCUUGGAGCGUUUGACUGAAAUGCUGCCCUCUGUGAGCAGUAUCCUCACCUAGGAGGACCUGCCCACACCCUUACCCUUUAACUUAUUGGGACUGAAUAAAGAGUGGAGAGACCCCUCCAGGCUGCCAGGCUA